AUGUCGUCCCCCUCCAAGGGGGAGAGCUGCGGAAUCUCCAUGCUCAACCUUCUGAAGACCCUGAGCCAGAGCAUCGCCCCCUCCAUGGCCGACAUGUGGGAGCUGGAGAUCCCGCAGCUGGUCAAAACACACCGAGUUUACCUGGAACCAGAAGACGUGGGAGGACAGGCUGAUUCAGUUUCUGAGAAACUCCCUCAAGAUGCCUCGGGGUUCCCGCUGGAGUCUGCGUCUGAGCAAAGAGCUGAACAACCAGAUCGACAGCUUCGACAGCCCCUCCCUGGAGAAGGGCUUUCUGUACCGGGCCUUGGGCUUCUCCCCGGCCACGGGCCUGGAG